AGCUAGGUCAACGAUAUAUUGAUGAACAAGUUAGAGAAGAUGGUAUUGGAAGGCGGAGGUGGAGCAAGUUACGUUGCUUUCAGUAGAGAAAAGGUCGAGUUAGUUAUCUUCAUUGCCACGAUUGGAAUCUUCGCUAGCUAGCUGUUGGUUCUGACUUCUUUUAUAUUGCCGCCCAAUUUGGACGAUUGGUUUUGAUGCUAAAUCUUUAAAACACGAAUGGGGGCCGGAUAGCGUGACAACCCCUUUAGGGGUUGUCAAUCUCGCUUCCCCCUUCCUAGCCCUUCAUCCCCUUAUAUCUCCAUCCGACGAUUGAUGAUAGACAGGGGCAAAAAAGAGAGCUUCCACACUGGAUCCAGCUCCCAUUAGUUCUCUAACGUCAGCCGCGUUUUGAAAAGGCAAAGAAAUCGGUGGUGGAGAGAAAUUAGCCACCCUCCUCGGCGAACCAUUCGUCUCCCCAAAACAGCCUGUACAUUACUCCACUGAAACCCUUUUCCUCCGUCUUCUCCCAAAGCAUCCCCUUUCAGCGUCUCGGAUCGCUUUUCUCCGCUUUUCUUGAUAGCAACUCGUCCGGUCCCGUUCGAUUGCGAAGACUUUGUUUUUCAGAGCAUAGGUAAUUCAGGUAAAGCAAAACUUUUACAAUGUAAUUUUCAUUCAGCCUCCUUUUAUGCUUGCUUUCUCGCCCCGAUUCGUCGGCUCUAUCGCUCCUCUCCACUUCUUCAUCUUUUUCUAUUCACUUCUGGUUAUCCUAACUAGUUUUUUUCUCCUUCUGGUUAAGCGCAUAGGCGAACAUCCUUUCGCCGUCGUUCCUUUCUGCGGCCGUGCAAACAAUCGCCGGUGAGAUUUCUUUACACUACUGCUUUUGUUUUCCGAAUGCAACGUUGGAAUAAGCCACAUGAAGGCCUGUCUUUCUUGUGUGGUGUGUUUGUUUGGUGUUGGUAUGAUCCGUUGGUAGUCUUAAAUUCGUAUAGUGCUAGUGGUAGUUGUGUUACUGGUACCCAUAACAUUGAUAUGCUAAUAGUGGUGGUUUAAUGGAAUGGUAUAACUUGUUCUAGAUGUAGUGAUAGUAAUACCAAUUGAUUUGUACCAGUAUCAAUGAAUUGAUACCAGUACACACUUAUUGGUACAAGUACCACUUAUGGGGGCUUCAGGUACCGUUGUAUUUGUUUCGGUAUGAUUGAAUGGUAGUUUUCUAUUGGUACCAGUUGUAAUGGUAAUUGUGUUACUGGUACCAAUGACAGUGGUAUGCUAAUAGUGGUAGUUUAAUGGAAUGACACAACUUGUUCUAUCUGUAGUGGGACUAGUACCAAUUGAUUUGUAGUAGUACCACUAAAGAGUAACCAUUACAUACUGAUUGGUACCAAUAACAUUCUAGAUUGUUAGUAGUAGUAUUGUACAGUAACAUUCUACGUUGCAAGUAGUAGUAGUAGUAGCAGUACUUGUAGUGAUAUCAUUUUAGAAGUGUGGAUCUUAGUGACAAGAUAACAUUCUAGAUUGUUAGUAGUAGUAUUGUACAGUAACAUUCUACGUUGCAAGUAGUAGUAGUAGCAGUACUUGUAGUGAUAUCAUUUUAGAAGUGUGGAUCUCAGUGACAAGAUAACCCUCUUGAAGUUUUGAGUAAAAAUUCGUACCAAGCAUUUUUUGUUGUUGUUGCAGGAAUGGCAGAACAAAGAUAUCAGUUAUAUCAUCCGGGAAUACACACAACCUGAUGGUUGUGCAUCUCAACAGGUAGCAAUACGCUUGGGGGACUCAAGUGAUUCGAGUGCUGGGCCUAGUAAAAAACGACCACGUGAUGAGGAUACAAACAGUCGCAACAAGAAGAAGAAGCAAUGGACUGUAGUCCAACUUCAAUCAUCGAGAUUAUGGAGGCCGGUAUUUCGGAUGAGAAGAAGGUUGGGCUAGGUUGUGUGUUGGAUUUAAAGAGUAGCAUAAUUGCUUCAUGUACAUUUCCAAGUAUGAAGAAGUUUAUGGGUAUUUCUUGUCUUUAAUUUGAUCUUGGGUAAAGUACUAUUGCUUACAUUGACACAAUUGGUUUGGUGUUUGAUUGUGAAAAUUCAGUACCUUCUCCACUGGCUAUAGAAAUAUCCCUUCACUGGUACCAAAUCAAUGGUACUGUUAACAAAUCAAUAGUACUGAUGCCAAAUUUAUGCCACUGAUAACCAUUAAUAAGACUGGUAUCAAAUUAGUGGUACUCGUACCAUUAAUAAGACUAGUACCAAUUAAUGCUACGUGUAACCAUUACUAAGACUGGUACAUAAUCAGUGGUACUAGUUACAUUAAUACGAAUGGUACCAAAUUAAUGGUAUUGGUAACAAUUACUGAAGACUGGUACCAAUUGAGUUUUACUGGUACAAUUUUAAUGGUAAUGUCUCCACUGUAAAGGUAUUGGUACCAAUGUAAAUGACUAUUGAUGGUAUACCUUUAGUGAUAUUAGCAAGUCGCAUUAUUUACCCUCUUACCCGUAUCCUACUACUACUAGGAAGUACCACUAAUUAACUACGACUAAAUAACUACCACUAGAUGACUACGUGUCUACCACUAAUUAGAAACAUAACUAAUGGUACUUUUUUUUGAAACAUUAGUUGUACCGAUAGUAAAACACUAAAAAUGGAAAGGAUUCGUAACGGCUUAGGGGUUAACCCUACCACCAUUGUUGGCAUCGACGCUAUUCUCCGCCUCGCCGUCGUCGGCAUCAACGCGAUCGGGUGCAACAUGAAAUGGUCGUUCUUCUCCACAUCGAGGCCAUAUUGGACGUGGUCCGAGGUUCCGGAUGAUAUUCAUUCACCAGCUCCUCCACUUCCAAAACGUCGUCAACAUCCACCAUGCACACAUCAUCGCCUUUGUCCGUCGGGUCCGCCUGGUCAGCUCCGGCCUCAUAUAUAUCCUUGUCGUUGCUUGUUAAUGGGACAUUCAGAUCGAACCCAAAUAAACACGUAGGUUCAGCUCCCACCUGUCGUCAUCGUUGCUGAUGUAGCCGUCCAUUGUAUGGCGGCGGCCGCGUAUUUCAGAUGAGAAGAAGGUUGGGCUAGGUUGGGCUAGGUUGUGUGUUGGAUUUAAAGAGUAGCAUAAUUGCUUCAUGUACGUUUCCAAGUAUGAUGAAGUUUAUGGGUAUUUCUUGUCUUUAAUUUUAUCUUGGGUAAAGUACUAUUGCUUACAUUGGCACAAUUGGUUUGGUGUUUGAUUGUGAAAAUUCAGUACCUUCUCCACUGGCUAUAGAAAUAUCCCUUCACUGGUACCAAAUCAAUGGUACUGUUAACA